GAUCAUGGACCCCCGUACCAGUGCUCAGGACGUGAUGCGAUGUGACCUGUGUGAGACCGCUGUGGUACAGAUGCACUGUGAUACAUGUCUUGUCAACCUGUGUAAGGCCUGUUUGGGAGAACAUUUUUCUGCUGAUCUCUCAAAACCUCAUAAAAUUGUCGACUUUAAAGAUAGAAAAUCCACUCCCCUCUACCCUGCAUGUACAACUCAUAUCAAGGAAAGAUGUAAAAUGUUCUGUAAAAAAUGUGGAAUUCCUGUCUGCAUAAGCUGCCUUGAAUCUAAUCAACAUUUAGGUCAUGAAUUAUCCAAAUUCUUGCGAGUUUUGGAUGAAAAGAAGGAUAUGAUUUUAAAAGAAAGGAAUGAAUUAAUUGAUACAAUUUAUCCAACCUACCAGGACAUUGCCUCUGAUGUACAAAACAGAAUGAGUCAGUUAGAAAAGGAAUAUGGAGAUCUCUCAACAGCCAUAACAAAACAUGGAGAGGACUGGCACAGAGAAAUUGACAAACUUGUCAAGAAACUUAAAGCUGAAGUUGAUAAGAUGAAAAUGAAACAGUUAGAAGCUCUACAAAAACAUCUGGAUGAAAUUAACAAAAACAUUUCUGAAAUCAAGAAUGAAAUUGAUUCAAUUGAUGUUGCUGUGGAUGCCAAUGACAUUUCCAGACUAUUCAGUGUCAAACCUGGUAUGAACAAACACAAAGAUCUUCCAGAAAAAUUUGUGGCCUCCUUACCUAUAUUUACUCCUGGAAAAAUUCAAGAAGAACUUAGUAACCUGUUUGGAGCCUUAUCAUCAAGUUCCUUAACAUCAGAUAAACAUGGAUACAGCAUGAAGACAACACAGAAAUCACCAGAAGCUGGAUCCUCUCCUCCAGUGAAACAGCUGCUUGAUGAACCAGAGACUGUCACCACCAUAGACACUGGGUAUGGAGAGCUUUACAAUGUGGCCUGUCUGAGUGAAGAAAUCUGGACAAGAGGAAAUGGCAGCACCAUGAAACUCUUCAGCAUCAAUCAGGGAUCACUACUCAAGUCAAUCACAACCAAGUCAGGGUAUGAGCCAUUUGACAUAGCAGUAACAAAAAGCGGAGAUCUAGUUUAUACUGAUUACUAUGAUAGAACUGUGAACAUUGUGAACAAUGAGAAGAUAGAGGUGAUCAGACUACAGAAUUUCUGGGUACCUAAAGGUGUCUGUAGUACCUCCUCUGGUGACUUCAUGGUUAUCAUGAAUUAUGAACAUCAAUCUAGAAUUAUCCGUUACUCUGGCUCAACAGAAAAACAAAACUUUCAGACUACUGCUUCUUAUUUCGAAUACAUAACUGAGAACAAGAACCUGGAUAUCUGUGUGUCUGACUGUAAAAGAAAAGCUGUAUUUGUAAUGAAUCAGACCUGGAAACUGAGAUUCAGGUACACUGGACAUAAUCCUGCUCCAAAGAUCCAACCAUUCAGUCCACUAGGAAUCACCACGGACAGUCAGAGUCACAUCCUUACAGCUGAUAUUAACAAUGACUGUGUCCACAUCAUAGACCAGGAUGGACAGUUCCUCUGUUACAUAAACUGUGGAUUGAGUUAUCCCUGGGGACUGUGUACAGAUACAAAUGACAAUCUGUUUGUUGCUCAAGGUGGAAAUAAACAAGUGAAGAAAAUUAAAUAUCUGAAGUGA